UUUUUUUUUUUUUUUUUUUUUUUUUGCUGACAGUAAUUUAAAAUCAGCAAUCAGAACGUCGUCACGUAAUCAACAUUAUACAAAAACCAAAGCUUCUUCUUUUUUAAGAGAAAAAAAUGCGGUAUUAUGGAAGAGUUCAUUCGUAAUUAUUGUACUUGUGAAUCAGACAAUAAAUCAAAACAUAUCAUUGAAAACCAUGUUGAUACUAUUUUAACGAACAUAUUGCAGCCUAUUUUUCAAAAGGAAGCCGUAAAUCAUCCUAUUUUAUCAAGAAAACCUAAAUCAAAAUAUGGGACAGAUGAUUUCAUUGACAAACAAGAAUGGAAAACUAACAAUUAUGUAGACAUUUUAAUGUGGAUUACAGACAAUAUAUCAGCAAAAAAAUUAGAAAGCAAUUUACAUUUGAUAUUACCACCGAUCAUGAUUGUGCUAGAUGACUAUGAUAUUGAAUAUAAAAUAAAGGGAAUAAAAAUGGUGCAUAAAAUGAUUAGUUUAUUAGAUUCGUCAUUUAUUUCCAGAAAUGGUCUAGAUAAUGUCUUUUUUGAGUCUUUAUUCAAGUGUACUAGCUAUUUAUCACAAGAUCGAGAUGAGCCAUUAUUGAGAGUAACUUAUGCUUGUUUAUUGGAUUUACUUGCUAAAAGAAAAAAAGAUCAAAAGACGACUGAACUCUAUGAACGUGUACUUAAAGAUGGCAUAGUGACAGGAUUUAUCUAUGCAGGCGAAAAAAUCAAAUUUUUGCCAGUUUUAAUAAAGCCGAUCUCUGUCUUGUAUGAAGAAUUAGGCAUUAUUGGUGUACAGUAUUUAAAAGCUAUUGUACCUAUACUUUGUGAUUCAAUCUCCAUGUAUUCAGGUCACAAUCCAGCAAUUAAAGAAAUUAAUUUGAUGGCAGCACAGUCGUUAAUUAUUAUUAUAAAGAAAUGUUGGCCACGUAUACCAGCUUAUAAGGGUAAAAUCAUUCAAGCUAUAGCGAAAGCAUGGACAUAUUAUUUCAAUAAGAAAGAUGAUACGAUGUGUCAAUUAUUAAAAGAACUAUAUCGCAUUUUUGAAGCUGCUUGUCAAGGCCAAGAAAAAGCUGAUAAAGAUGCGUUAGUGGCAUUCAAUCCAUCUGUAUUUGAGCCUUUAUUUACAUAGAUUUUAUUGUAUAUAUACCACAUCUUUAUUACUUAAUAAACAAUAAAAAGGAGAAAAAAAAAUGAUAUUAUACCUCUUUCUUUUUAAAUACAAAUAAAAUAGAUUGUUAUGCAAACUUGACUUGUACGUGCUGCUAGAAUUUUUUUUUUUUUCGCUAAUCUGAAGCAAUUCCGGGGGGAUAAAAAAAAAAAAAAAAAACUGGUUCAGAUUCUUCUUUUUG